CGCAAGCAUUGGCAAACUCAAUUGACUAGUCACACAAAUGAAAUGCUUGCUGUCUCUGAGCUAAGCUUGGAGCUCCGUUCUUAUUUCUUACUUACCCGCUCUUAAUAACCCAGAAAGCGAAUAACUUUAUACGUGUUCAAAGCACAGGGGAAAGAAGAAGAAAAAGAAACAAGAAGGAACAGCCUGCUUAGAUGAAAACUAAUCCCGCCCCGAUAUUUUCCCACUCUCUCCUUCCCUCCUUUUGCUUCCCUGGCUGCCAGUCAAUGGUUCUCCUCUGUUUCCACGUCUAGUCGGUAAGCUUUAAAAAACUUUCCCCUUUUCCUGUGCGCAUUUAUUCGCUCAGAGGGUUCGAUUCUACAUUUCUACUGUUACUUGUUUAGUUCUUCUGGUGAAUCUCCCCUUCUUGCUCUCAAUUACAGCUAGUGUGUUCUUGUUCUUGAGUGGGCUUUGUUUCUCAUGAGUUUUCAUUGCUUGGCCCUUUGAUUGAUUGGUUCUUCUGGUGAAUCUCCCCUACUCGCUCUCAGUUAGGUCUGCUGUGAUUCUGUUCCUGAUUUGUGGAUCACGCGCUUUGUUUCUCAUUAGUUUUCGUUGCUUGCUUGGCCCUUUGAUUGAAUGGUUGAUUGUUUGAAUUUUUGUAUCUUUUUUGCAAUCGGCGUGUAUUUUAGAGUUGUUUAGACCUUUUGCCUUUUGGGUUUAAUCCAAAAUAUCUUUGGUAUUUUUCCCAAGUCUUGCUUGUAUUUGUUGGUUUCCGGGGGAACUUUCUUGUUUGUGAAGUCUAUAACUUUAGUCUUCACGUUGACAGAUUCCUUGCCCAUCUUAUUUAUCUGGAAUUGCUCAUACCCAGAUGAAAAAGAUCAUUGCUUUUGGUUUUUGUUUCUAUUUUUGGUUCUGGGUUUAUGAAAUUAUGAUACCAGAAGAAAGAAAUGGAAACAUUGUAAAUGGAGUUUCCCAAGUUUUGAUUCAAUCUCACACCCGCUUCUCUGUUUAGGAUAGGUAGCUCAACUGUGGAAGGGAAAGGACGAAUGGGUUCAAGUGGAAACGGGAAUCAGAAAGAUGACAAUGAUGAGGAAUCCAAAAGAAAAGAGUCCCAAGCUCAUGUCUCUAAUGAGCUCUCGACUUCUAAGAAGACCUUACUGGGAAAUGACAGCCUUCCCAAGAAGUCACAACAAGACAGCUUACCUAACGUAUCUAACCGUGCUGCCUUCCUCAAGUUUGGCUCUGCAUCUGCCAGAUUCAGGCAGCUUGCUAAGGACAAGGACGAUGCCUCGCGUUUGGUAGCUUCUUCCAGCAGCCGUGGCAUUAGAGAGCGGAUUCAUGAGGUUUGUGCUAAGAAGAUCGAUUGGGCAUCUGUGUUCAAGAUGAGCAAAGAAUGGAUCCAGGACCCAAUGAACUUGGCCCUUUUCAUAUGGAUACUGAUUGUUGCCAUAUCAGGUGCGAUCUUGUUCCUCGUCAUGACUGGAAUGUUGAACCAAGCUUUGCCCAGCAAGUCUCAGAGGAAUGCAUGGUUUGAGGUAAAUAACCAGAUACUCAAUGCAUUGUUCACCCUCAUGUGUUUGUACCAACAUCCAAAGCGAUUUUACCAUCUGGCCCUGCUUAUUAGAUGGAGACCUGACGAUAUUACUAAGCUUAGGAAGAUUUACUGCAAGAAUGGUGCUUACAAGCCACACGAAUGGGCACAUAUGAUGGUUGUCGUGCUUCUGCUGCAUUUAAACUGUUUUGCACAGUAUGCACUAUGUGGUCUCAACAUAGGGUACAGGAGGUCUCAACGACCUCCAUUAGGAGUUGGAUUAUGCAUAUCUGUAGCUAUAGCUGCCCCAGCUGCUGCUGGUGUGUACUCAAUCCUCAGUCCCUUAGGAAAGGACUAUGAUUCGGAUAUGGAUGAAGAAGCGCAGGAGGGGAGUACUUCCAUUAAUGGGGCUCAGUUGUUAUCCAGGAAAUUAGAAAAGAGAUACUCAUUUGCAACAGGGGAUAUUACUGAAAUGAUGUUUGAGAGCCGGCCACAGUGGAGUGGUGGGAUACUCGAUUUCUGGGACGAUAUCUCUCUAGCCUACCUUUCGCUCUUCUGCAGCUUCUGUGUCUUCGGUUGGAACAUGGAGAGACUUGGCUUCGGUAACAGAUAUGUCCAUAUAGCGACAUUUCUCCUCUUCUGCAUGGCUCCGUUCUGGAUCUUCAACUUGGCUGCUGUCAACAUUGACAAUGAGAUUGCGAGAGAAGCAUUGGGAGUCACUGGACUCAUCCUUUGUCUGUUUGGCCUUCUCUAUGGUGGGUUCUGGAGGAUUCAGAUGAGGAAGAGGUUCAAUUUACCGGCAUAUACCUUUUGUUUCGGUAAACCGGGUGCCUCUGACUGCACACUGUGGCUGUGUUGCUGCUGGUGUUCGCUAGCUCAGGAGGUUCGAACUGGGAAUGCUUACGAUGUCGUCGAGAACAGGCUACUGCAGAAACAUACCAAUGGUAGUGGUAAGCAGCCAGAGUCGUCUCCAGCACGUGGCGUCUCUAGCCCGUGGCAUGGUGCAAUGCCUGAUUCCUCCAGUCCUGUGAAAGAGGCUCCAGGAGCCAAGGAUCAUGCCAUGGCUGCGCCAACUCCCUCAACGAUAGAAAGAGAUGGCAUUUCUGUGGAGAAUGGUGUGGAUUCAGGCUUACCAUCUGCAACUGUGAACAAAGAGUUGAGUGUGUGAUACAAAUGUGUGUAGAGUUUACAAUAGUUUCUUGAGUUCGGUUUACAAAUGUGUGUAAUGUAUAUCUCUCUCUUCGGCUCUUUCUACCUCCUGAGUAUACUCUGAUUGAGAGGACCUUUCGGCUGAUCCCGUUUUGGUGCAUAUUGACUUGCAUCUGCUGUCUGGCUGUGAUAAAAUUAUCCUUGGAUUUCUUCUGCUUUUGAUUUGCUUGAGGCUUGGAGGGCAGCGAAGUUAUAAUUGCAAAAUAAAUGGGUUUGUGAGGUGGGCUUGUGAGGUGACGGACUAGGUCCAGUUAAGUAAUUUGCGAAUUCUUGGAGCAUAGUUCCGACUUCUUAGCCUAUACAAUACGGGCUGGGGCUUUACUUUGAUAAACUGGCCCAAAUGAUGAUAUAAAACUUCUCUCAGCUAGCUUUUGGCUAGAACUGGCAAUGGGUAGGUAUGGGAUACCAUAUCCCCGUGGCGUGGCAUGAGGUAUAAAUCGGGUAAUUUGUCAUGAAUUGUGCCUUGGGACAGGUCGAUCAAAUGAGUAAGCAAUUUAUAAAAAAAAAUUUAGAAAUACUCGUUAUUUUCAUUAUAAGACCAAGAAAACAAACCAUUUUAUGAUAAAUAUAGUUAAAUUAUUGGAGAAUAGGUUUUCACUAAUUUUCAACUUUAUUAUAGAUAAAAUAUGUUGUAAUAAAAGGAAAAUCCUAAUUAAUUUGACUAAUUUUACAAAGAAUGGGUCAAUAAUGGGGCGGGUCAGAGCAGUUCGAGUCGUCGAGAAUACCCAUGUCCGUCCCAAACAGGUCGGGUAAAAUGAGUCAGGUCGAAAUUGCCAUCCCUACUUUUGGCUACUUUUGGCUACUAGGUGACAACCACGGUGACACUGAAUAAUAAAAUAGUGAUAUAAAAUUCAUAAUUAUCUCUUUUUAACAAUUUGAAUUAUUGUGAUCAAUUGGUUCUUAACAUGGUAUCAGAGUUGGUCAGGCCAAAUGAUCGAUCGUGUGUUCAAAUCUCUAUGACCCCAAUAUUAACAAUAUAGCGGUUGUAUACAAAAUUCAAACCAGUAAGUUGGCAUUCAUUUUACCGAGUAAUAUAAGAUGUACAAUUAAUCGUUUUCCCUCAUAAUUCCCAUAAAAUUUAUGUCACCGUCAUAUUAGGCUUUAUAUGAUCAUCAACAAUAGGGAACAAGGGGGGAAAUUUACAAAAAUAAUACAACAUAUAUUAUCUCUAUUCUCUAUAGAUUAGUGGCUUUCGGCAGCCGAUGCCUAAGUACACAAGCCACCAAAAUUUGCUUUCGGCAUAUCUGGAGUCUGGAGGCAUAUUAUUAUAAUAAUAAUAAUUAUUAUUAUUAUUAUUAUUAUUAUUAUUAUUAUAAUUAAGUAAGGUCCCAUAUGAAAUCGAGGCCCAUGAAUCAAUUAAUCGUUGCUUAAUCAUUCUCCUUCCCACAGUGAUCGCGCCACGUUCGCAUGAGGAGGCGUAUGUUUAAUCUAUAAUAUUUGCUGAUUGUGCAUUGGUAAGAAAUAAUAUAAUUUAGGGUUAAUACCUUAGUUUGGCCCGAACUAUACACAUACUUUCUACUUUGAUCCGUGGUAUUGGAAAUUGCUAUUCUAGGCUGAACUAUGUAGCAAACUUCCUCAUUUGGUCUGCAGGCGGGUUUGACCGUGAAAUUAGACUGUCAAACUUGUUGAUCGUUAGUCAAUGUCCACCUCACCUGCCACGUCAGCUUUGAGGACAUAAAAAAUAUUUUUUUUUGUCAUUUGCUACAAAUGGGCCCUUUUUCGUUCUUUUAAUUAUUUAUUAUUUUUAUUAAUCGAAAGAAAAUAAAAUUUAGAAAUAAAAAAUAAAAUUUUUAUGUCCUCAAAGCUGACGUGGCAGGUGAGGUGGAUAUUGACUAACGGCCAACAGGUUUGACCGUCUAAUUUGACGGUCAAACCCACUUCCGGGCCAAAUGAGGAAGUUUGCUACAUAGUUCAGGCCAAAAUAACGAUUUUCAAUACCA